AUGGCCCUCCUAUCUGAUGUUUUGCUAGGUGCAAAUCUCAGUACCCUCUUCUUACUCUACAUUCCUCUCUGUUUCGUGGCAUACUAUUCCAUCUGGAUCGUCUAUACUCGAACCCUCCAUCCACUAGCCAAGGUUCCAGGACCGUUUUGGCCUUCAAUUUCGCGGACAUGGCUUAUGUGGCACCAUCACAAAGGCGACAUCGAGAUUGUUGAGCGCGUUCUUCAUAAGAAGUAUGGCCCAAUUAUUCGAAUCGCACCCGAUGAGGUCGUAAUGACUGACACCACGGCCAUCCCAUACAUUUACCCGGUUCAGAAGCCACUUGAAAAAACGGACUGGUACAAGCCGUGGCGACCACAAGGACUAAACAGCCAACCGGAUUUGUUCACGCAGACUAACGAGAAGGCGCAUGCGGCGUAUCGAAGGAUUGUUGGAGGUGUAUAUUCACUUUCCAGUAUCUUGAAAAACGAACCAGGACUGGACGAAACAUUGGAACUCUUUCUUGAGCGGCUGGGUAGUUUCGCCGAUAGCAAUGAAGCGUUUGACUUUGGUCUUUGGCUCGAAAUGUACUCGUUUGAUAGCGUUGGCGUCGCGUUCUUUGGCCAGGCCUUUGGCUUUCUACGCGACAGUGUUGAUUACAAAGGCUACAUCCACUCAGUCCAUCUCGCAAUGCCUUUUCUUAGUCUUCUGACGGUCACUCCGUACUAUAUACGACCAUUCUUGCUUCUUGUCGCUGUUUGCAUUCCGCGCUUGCUGAAAGCUGUGCUGGCCGUAGAAGACAUUAAGAAGACUGCGAUCAUAGAGACGAAGACAGCUACCGAAAGAGCACUCGAAGUGACGGGAAAGAGACCCGAUUUACUCUCCCAGUUGCUAGCAAUCGUGCAGGAAAAGGGGGAAAAGGUAAACUACUCGCACAAAGAGAUCACAUCGGACAUGUGGGUUGCAAUUAUGGCCGGCGCUGAUAGUACAUCCAUCUCCAUGCGUUCCGUCUUCUACUUCCUAAUGAAGAACCCCCAGAAGCUCGAGAAAGCGCGCGCAGAAGUUGAUGCGGCCUUUGAAAAUGGUACACUCUCAUCACCGGUGCAAUACGGUCAAUUAGCUUCGCUUCCAUACUUAGUAGCGACUGUGAAGGAAGCCUUACGACUGUUUUCCGCAUUCGCAGUCUCGAUGCCUCGGUAUGCUCCUAGCCAAGGGCUCACGCUUUGCGGAAAACACAUUCCAGCAGGCUACACCGUCGGUAUGAAUCCAGCUAUCGUUUCGCUUGACACCAAUGUAUUUGGGGAAGAUGCGCUUGAGUUCGUUCCCGAGCGAUGGUUGCAGAGUGAAGACCGCUCGCGAAUCAUGGAUAAGACAAUUCUCGGUUGGGGUGCUGGGACUCGGACAUGCGUCGGCAGACCUCUUGCUUUGACACAAAUUUACAAAGUCACUGCAGAGGUCUUGCACCGUUUUGAUUUUGAGAUGGCACAUGACCAGCCGUGGAAGACGCAUAAUGCGUCUUUCAACGUCCAGACUGGUGUUGAGUGCAGAUUCAAGCGCAGGGUUUCGAUUAAGAACUAG